GUGACGGACGUCAAAUCUGUCACACGUACUUUUGGAUAGCUCCGUUUAAUUGCCUAUAAAAAUUACAAAAGUUGUGUUUCAACCCACAAGCAGUGAAAAAUAAAUAGCUAACAUUAGUGGUAAACUAAAUAAAUAGUGUUUGGUGUAAAAACAUUACCGUGUUAAAAGAAAUUAUAGUUUAAAAUCGACGUGUAGUCGCCGAACCGGACUUAUAUUCGUGCGGGUCAACUGACCGCUGUCAGCGAAUCAGCUGUUAGCAUCUGCGCGCGCGCAUAAACAGUGUGGUAGUGACAGUUACUAGAAAUCGGACUUUAUUACUGACGCGUAAGUCACAAUUUGCAAUGGCAACCUGUGCGGGAUGUUUCAACAACUUAAGCGAUGCGAGAUUUUUGAAUUGUCAUAACUGCCAAAAAUCGUACUGUCUUCUUUGCACAAAUUGUUCAGAUGACUUUUAUAACUCAAUGGGACCCGCACAAAAGUAUUCGUGGAAGUGUGUUGAAUGCAAAAGUUCCGAACCUAGGUUAGACAAUACUAAUACACCGGUGCGCGGCGACAGCCACAAUGUUACUAUGCACAGGGGGGCCGCCCACCCUCGAGGAGCUGGGACCCGCGAGCUCGACAGCUCGGUCAUGGAAGUAUCCUAUACUGACAGCCAAGGUUUAAACGAUACCACCAGGUAUGGAGCUUUGUUGGACACUACGAGUACCAGUGGUAACGAUAUUCAGCAGUUAGUGAUGGAAUUUCGUCUAUUUCGCGAAGAAAUGCGUGCAAUUAGUUACGAAAUCAAGGCUCUUCGUAUGACUAUGACAGACCUGACUUCAAAGAUCAAGGAAUGUGAUGGGCGUAUCGAUAAUUUAUGUACUCGCGUAGAAAAGCUUGAAAACAACACCUCAAACAGUAAUGAAAGUCAUAACUCGGAAAAGUCACUUCUAGACACCAUUGUCCAAUUGAGAAUGGACAUAAAUAAUAGAGAUCAGGAUCUGUUGUUGAACGAUCUAGAAAUAUCUAGCGUACCUGAACAAAACGGAGAGAACACGGUGCACAUAGUCACUACCCUGGGCCAGAAACUCGGGGUCACGCUCUCGGAGCACGACAUCGUCGACGCGACUCGCGUGGGUCGUGCCACGCAGCUGAACGAGGGUGACCAGGGUCCGCCGUCCCGGCCGCGGCCGCUGGUGGUGCGGCUGGCGCGCCGCGCCUUACGCGACCAGCUGCUGCACGCGGCACGGGUACGUCGCGGAGCCACCACGGAGGGCACUGGCCUGCCGGGUCAUAACUGCCGCUUUUAUGUCAACGAGCGGCUGACUCCCUUCAAUCGAAAACUAUUCCAGAAGGCAAGGCAGCUGAAGGAACACUACGGCUGGCGCUAUGUAUGGACUCGCGACGGAAGGAUCUACGUGCGUCAACGUCCAGGUUCGGAAUCUCCGCGACAUCGCAUACAAACAGAACUGGAUUUGAGCCGUGUUUUUGGAACACUCGAUAUUUGAUCUCAUGUAUAAAGGAUUUGACUUAAGAUUAGAAUUUUUAGAACUUGAUAUAACACUUUAUAGGCACUUAUUCACUUCUGCUUUUCUAUUCGAUACUCACUUUUUGUUAUUUUUAUUGUAUGUACACAGACUUCAUAUUUUUGAAAGUUGUAAAUGUUAUAUUAACUUGUAUUACAGCUGUUCUGUUUUGAAUUUGUUUUUUGAGUGCGUUGCAGUAAUAUCAAUUGCUAAUGCAAUGCAAAUGCAUUGCAGUAGUAGCUAUCUAUUUAUGGGUCACCAAAUACGCUCCAACGGGUUGUU